AUGGACGAAAUGCUGCUGUUGACAAGAAUUCUCUUGGUGGGCUUCAUCUGCGCUCUUUUAGUCUCCUCUGGGCUGACUUGUGGACCAGGCAGGGGCAUUGGAAAAAGGAGACACCCCAAAAAGCUGACCCCUUUAGCCUAUAAGCAGUUUAUUCCCAAUGUGGCAGAGAAGACCCUAGGGGCCAGUGGAAGAUAUGAAGGGAAGAUCACAAGAAACUCCGAGAGAUUUAAAGAACUAACCCCAAAUUACAACCCUGACAUUAUUUUUAAGGAUGAAGAGAACACGGGAGCUGACAGACUGAUGACUCAGCGCUGCAAGGAUAAGCUGAACGCUCUGGCGAUCUCGGUGAUGAAUCAGUGGCCCGGGGUGAAACUGCGGGUGACAGAGGGCUGGGACGAGGACGGCCACCACUCCGAGGAGUCUCUGCACUACGAGGGCCGCGCCGUGGACAUCACCACUUCGGACAGAGACCGCAGCAAGUACGGCAUGCUGGCCCGCCUCGCCGUGGAGGCGGGCUUCGACUGGGUCUACUACGAGUCCAAGGCGCACAUUCAUUGCUCCGUCAAAGCAGAAAACUCAGUGGCAGCAAAAUCAGGGGGCUGCUUCCCAGGCACGGCCGUAGUGCACCUGGAGCAAGGCGGCACGAAGCUGGUGAAGGACCUGAGCCCUGGGGACCGGGUGCUGGUGGCUGACACAGAGGGCAAGCUGCUCUACAGUGACUUCCUCGCCUUCCUUGACCGGGAGGAUGGCUCCCACAAGCUCUUCUACGUCAUCGAGACACAGCAACCUAGGGCCCAGCUGCUGCUGACAGCUGCCCACCUCCUCUUCGUGGCUCCCCAGCACAACCAGUCACAGCCAGGGACCCCCAGCAGCCAGGCGCUCUUUGCCAGCCGCGUACGGCCAGGCCAAAGGGUCUACGUGUUGGGCGAGGGCGGGCAGCAGCUCCUGCCAGCGGCUGUGCACAGCGUCUCGCUGCGGGAGGAGGCUUCGGGGGCCUACGCCCCACUCACCGCCCAGGGCACCAUCCUCAUCAACCGGGUGCUGGCCUCCUGCUACGCUGUCAUCGAGGAGCACAGCUGGGCACACUGGGCGUUCGCUCCCUUCCGCCUGCUCCAGGCGUUGCUGGCCACCCUCUGCCCCUCCAGCGGGGGGGCCCUGAUGGGUGCCCCCACCACCCACGGCAUCCACUGGUACUCUCGCCUCCUCUACCGCAUCGGCAGCUGGGUGCUGGAUAGUGACUCUUUGCACCCCCUGGGCAUGGUGGGGCCAUCCAGCUGA